GCACGCUGGGAGCUGUGACAGUUGCAGGGGUGGGCGUUAAGACGGGCGGCCGCCAGGGAGGUUCUCGCCCGCCCCCACCUCGCCUCGCGCUCUGCAGGCGGCGUUGUUCCCUCCCCCCCCCCGCCGCCAUGGCCCUCAACAAGUCCAUGCACGCGCGAAACCGCUACAAGGACAAACCGCCCGACUUCGCCUACCUGGCCUCCAAGUACCCCGAGUUUCGGCAGCACGUGCAGGCCACCCUGUCCGGCAGGGUGAGCCUGAACUUCAAGGACCCCGAAGCGGUGAGGGCUUUGACGUGCACUCUCCUAAAAGAAGAUUUUGGACUUAAGAUCGACAUUCCCUUGGAGAGGCUUAUUCCUACUGUUCCCUUGCGACUGAACUAUAUCCACUGGGUGGAAGAUCUUAUCGGUCAUCAGGAGGCUGAUAAGCAAGUUCUUAGGCGAGGAAUUGACAUAGGAACAGGGGCAUCUUGCAUAUACCCAUUACUUGGAGCAACUUUGAAUGGCUGGUAUUUUCUUGCAACAGAAGUAGAUGAUAUGUGCUUCAAUUAUGCCAAGAAAAAUGUGGAACAGAAUAACUUGUCUGAUCUUAUAAAAGUGGUUAAGGUACCACAGAAGACUCUUCUAAUGGAUGCACUGAAAGAAGAAUCUGAGAUUGUUUAUGAUUUUUGCAUGUGCAACCCUCCCUUUUUUGCCAACCAAUUGGAAGCGAAGGGAGUAAAUUCUCGAAAUCCACGGCGACCUCCUCCCAGUUCUGUAAAUACAGGAGGGAUCACAGAAAUCAUGGCUGAGGGGGGAGAACUAGAAUUUGUCAAAAGAAUUAUCCAUGAUAGUCUACAACUUAAAAAGAGGUUACGAUGGUACAGUUGCAUGCUGGGGAAGAAAUGCAGUUUAGCACCAUUGAAAGAGGAACUUCGAAUCCAAGGGGUUCCUAAAGUUACCCAUACUGAAUUCUGUCAAGGGCGUACCAUGAGGUGGGCGCUGGCAUGGAGUUUCUAUGAUGAUGUACAAGUGCCUUCACCUCCCUCUAAAAGAAGAAAACUCGAAAAACCCCGAAAACCGAUUACAUUCAUGGUCUUGGCUUCUACAGUCAAAGAGUUAUCCGUCAAAGCUACAGCUAUGGGCUGGGAUGCGGUAGAAGCCAUUGCUGUGGUUAGAGCCUGGGUAGAGAAGAUUCUUGAUGAUCUGAAGGUUCAACAUAAGCGUGUUCCCUGUGGAAAAGAUGAAGUUAGCCUGUUUCUGACUGCCAUUGAAAACUCCUGGGUUCACCUAAGGCGAAAGAAACGAGAGAGAGUAAGGCAAUUACGAGAACUUCCUCGAGCUUCUGAAGAUGUUCUGCAAGCAAUGGAAGAGGAAAAAAACAGCCAGAAAAAUAUCAGCAACAAUCUAGACUGUGAAAAAACCAAGACUGAGGACUCUGAAAUAGGGUUGAUGGCACCUGAUGAGGAUGUCCUCUUGACCACAGGUGAUGAGCUAAGGGAAGAAUCUGCUGCCAGAGAAGAACACAGUGAGCCUGUGGAGGAGGAGGAGGAGGACGCAGAAGCAAAUCACUCAGAAAGGUCACUUAGUAAAGGUUCCAGUAAUGUGAACGAGGAACCUGACCCUUCAGAGGAAGCUAGCAAUCUAACAAUUGAAAAAGGAAAAAGUCUCAGAGAAAUUGGUAGAUGCUUUCUCUUUAAGUGCUUAAUGAAUGUGAAGAAAGAAGGAAAUGAUGUAUUAGUAGAAAUGCACUGGGUUGAAGGACAGAACAGAGACUUGAUGAACCAACUGUGCACGUACUUACGGAACCAGAUUCUUCGGCUGGUUGCUAGUUAGCCCUUUUUCCUACUAUCGUAAAAUAGAGCAGCCCCAAAGUUUUCUAAGCUAUUUUUAAUUGACUAGAACUUUCAGCUAGCACAAACUGUCCUUUUUUUCCUUUUAAAAUUAUAGUAAAAUGGAGAUUAAAGCUCUCUUUUAUGUUUUAAAUAGUUUUUUUUUAAAGCCGCAUGGAGUACAUUGGACAUGAACUGAUGGGAAAUAAUAGAUGCUGUGCUCCAGUUGUAAAACUACAUGUUACAGUGAAAUACGUUUAUUUUGUGACUAUUUUAAAUAGCAACUGCUUAUUUUGGUCGUUCUGGUGCAAUAGAAGUAUAUAUUGUUCCUAAAUAUAAAUCUUUCCUGAAACAUUUUCUUCAAUACUAACGCAGGAAAUGGUUAGUCUGCCUUGUGAAUUGCCUUCUGCAUCUAGGAGUCCUCAAUUUAGGAAUUAAGUAUGCCUUCCUUCCCUUUAAUGCAUUUAACCUUUGGUCUACAAAGUGAAAUAUGGAUACCUCCUCUAAGUGUCAAUUCAUUAAAAUAAUCACUUUAGAAAUACCAUGUUUUGUACUUUUCUGGUGCUUUGGCUUUGAAACACAGAAGCACCUACUAUUAUUGAGCAUCUGUUUUCAUAAAUGUAGUUUUAAGAAUGAAAUAUAUUCUUUUAGCUGUUCUGGUUAAAGGGAAUUUAACUAUGUUGCCUAUUCCAUGAGACUAUUCCUUACACCAGUGCAAAUAUACUGUGUCAUUUCAGACAGUUACUUCUAAAGGAUUUUGCUUCCAUUUAAUCUUAAGAUUGCUUUAAUGGCAGGAAUAAGAGCAUAUCCUCAUCUUUCUGUAGACCAGAAAUUCCUUGUGCAGGAUGAAUAUGGGUAGAGAUGCAUUAGGUUAUUAUGAAGGAAGACAACUGGGAAGAAGGCUGUUGCUUCCACACGUGACACUCUGGUCCUCUUUACCACCAGUUAUAUUCUCAGGGUUUCCUGGGCCAAUGACCUCUUUCCUGUGAGAAGAGAGGUCAAGGGAUGUGAAUCUUCUCCAGGGUUUCUCAGAAAGGAUUUGUUUGUGUGUGUUUGAGACUAUGAGCACUGGUACUACAUCACAUAGAGCCGGCCUCCCAAGCUAUGAUCUGUUUCUCUUUCAAGAUCUACAGAACAUGAGGAGAAAGUAUUUCUUGCUUGUGCCUUUUGGUUUCUUUCAGUGAAGUGUGUCUGUGUAGAAUUCUGUACUGCCUCAUCAUGAGGAACUGUGUUGCGUAUGUUGUUUGCAUGAUUCUGUUGUGGGAUGUAGGUAUGUGAUAUCCAAAACAAAAGAUACACUCCUGAUGGACAGAAGCGAAUGUUGCAUCUGUUCAUGCUCCUGGAACCACUUUGAAUAUUGAGCCCUGUUUAUCAAUGCUUCUGGAAAGAUUAGUGUGUUCUUUUCUUUUUUCUCAUGUUGUAAUGAAAAACAAAUCAGAAAAACCUUAUUUUUUUCCUGUAUUGUUAACCAUUGUAUAUCGUGCUUUUUUGCAGUUGUUUUGGAGAUGAUGGACAAUGGCUUGUAUGUGGCUAGAACUAAUGAGUUGUGCUUUAUUUCAGACCACAGAAUUUGCAGAGGGCUGUUUCCAUCAUUGAUGGAAUACUGGGGAGGAGUGCAACUUAACGUUAGCUGGGGCGUAGUCCUACGCUUUUAGAAUUUGAAGAGAUUUUUUUUAACCAACUGAGCUAUUAAAAAUACUGAAAGCAAGGAUGUCUGUCCUUCGUGCCCUUCUCUGCUUCUUAUCUUUUCAGUCUUUCUUUCUGCAAGGAUGAUGAAGAGUUGUACAAGGCAAGUCUGUGUGGUAGUGACAUGCUUGUUUUGCUGAAGCAAACUAUUACCUUGCUGUGUUAGUUACCUCUUUCACCUCUACCACAUGAGUAUCUUGCAUUCCUGAGUGUUGCUUAACCAAAGCCAGAGUUUAUUUAUGAUGUUUUUAAAAAGAAAACUAGUAGUCUCUGAUUAAGGUGAUUUUUAUCCUGUUUUAGAAAGUAAAUUGCUGUAUGGUCAUUUUAUUUUAAAUAAAUACUUUUUGUGAAUGUGACAGAA